GACCCCCAAUUUACCCACAAACCAGCAGGACCAAGGCCUUCCAUGGACCCUAGGGAAGACCAGUAGCUCAGCUACCGGACGGCACAAGGACAACGCAGACCGCAAGACCCGAGCGCAUCGAAGACCGUCGAAAAAGCACAACGAUCUUCCUCCACACGCCGCCACGUGACGUAAGUCUAGACUUCGCAGAUCGCGGGGGAAAGAAAAAUGGAUUUAAGACUUUGCUCGAAGAAAAGGCACCUCGUCUGAUUCUUCCUCCUGCCCGGCCCGUUCCCAAUGCUGGUUUGGCCACGGUUUCGCUCAUGGAGAAGCUACCGGUCGAGAUUCUCGCCAAAAUAAUUGACUUUCUCACCCCGCAGGAGCAGGUUCAACUUCAGUCCGUCUCCAAGCGGCUGUUCGGCGUCGCCCGCGACAAUACCCUGUGGAGGCUCCACUGUUAUGAGAAGUCAUGGGCUGCCGUGGAUGCUUCGCGUCCGGCUUACCGGCCCUCUGAGAGCUUAGCCGCCAAUAACACCGCCUCGCUCAGCGUGCUAGGGCAGACGUCCCUGCGUUCGCUGAUCCAGCCGCGCACCACACGCUUCGAAGGAGGCCAACCGCCCCAUGCUCCGUCCUUCGCGGAACGGGCGAGAGCGGCGGCGGGAUGGGACCCGUCUUCCGAGGGAGAGGAUGUCGAUUGGUACUCCGAGUAUAUCGCUCGGAAUGGACCGCUGUCGUUCAACUGGAUUCAGCACCCGUUUACUCGGGAAGCUGGAGGCAAGCGGAAGGAUUACCGGGAGGCCAAGGGAAUGGGGUUGUUGCGAGACUGGAGCUCUGCCAGGCAAAAUAAGGUGAUCGCGCCGCUAGAUGAUGGCAGUGUCUGCAUUUGGGACCUCAACCAUUCACAUUCGAUCGGGUCGCAGAAUACCAAAGGCGAUAUUCUGGGUGUUAGUGAGCCGGGUAUUCUGAUGGUCGAUGCUGCUCGGAAGAAGCAAAAUUCCUCGGCAAAGUUGGCGCUGGAGUUUAUCAAUCUGGGCGAAUGCGUGAGCGUGGAUUCCAUGCGUCGCAGAGCGUAUCUGGCAGUUGGGAAUGUUCUCAAUGAAGUUGAUCUGGAGACACUUAGGGUUAUCUCGCAGCAACGAUACCCUUGGUCUGUGUUUGCUUUGUCCCAGGAGACAGAUUAUUCGGUGCCGUUGACCUUGGCUACAACGCUGAGUAUGCACAUCUAUGAUGGCAGAAUGUCGGCAGUGGAGGAGGAAGAGGCCAUUAAUUCCCGCUGUGAAAAGUCAACGCCCUCUCUGGUGCCCAAGUCACAACUCUACGCGCCUCCAGACUCUCCACUGCUACGACUCCAACCGAACGGCCAACCCCCUCAUCGCAUACGAAGCCCGGAUCCGUCGGAGCCCGUUGACAAUUACGCGCCGCUAUUCCAGCCGGGACCUCUUUCACUCCUGCAUCCUCCAGCGCCGCACCUGAAUUCCAUCUUUUUGGCAGGUCGCUUCCCGAGCAUUCUACAAUAUGACCGACGUUUCUUCCCUCGACUGCAGAGCACUAUUCACUCUGGUGGACGGCUGUGCGGGCUUGCCGCGGUUCCUGCUCCGCGAUUCCCCGUUGUCUCCGAUUCUUCAUGGCCAAAUUCACACCAGGUAGUCGCUUGCGGAGAGUAUAAAGGUCGCGGCUCCCUGGAACUAUACAAUUUGACACCGUCAACCCGGAACGAGGGAGAUGACCCGUCAGCGUGGUCAUCUAAUCUGGCACUAGUGCAUCAGAACCGACAAAGUGCAGCCAGUUCGAAGGUGCUGUCGGUAGAAUCCCAUGGAACACGGAUUGUUUAUUCUGAUGGAGACGGCAACGUCAAAUGGACCGAGCGGGACGGACGGUCCGAAAUCCGUCGGUUCAAUAUCAACACGUACAAGCCCCGUGGGAAGCCUACACGAACCCCAGCUGAACACGGCCCGGACUCUAUCCUUGACGAGCAGGAUGAAAACGAGACUGGCGGGUUGUGGGGCAAUUCUCGAUCUCGCAAUGAUGGCGAAGUGGCUCGCAAGAUCCUCCCCACCGGAGGGAAUUUGACAGGGGAUGAGCUUCUCAUUUGGACGGGAGAGCGCAUCGGCCGUGUCAAGUUUUCCGACGUCGCUCCUACCGAGGAGGGUGAGGAGGACGAUGAAGACUUGGGUAUAGAGGGAGAAAUGGAUGAUGCGACACGCGACGAAGUGCGCAAGAAUCGGCGCGAGCAUCGACGCCGAGAGGAGGAAUAUUCCUAUAUGAUGCGCCGAGCGCUGGAACGACAGGCUGAUGAAGUACGGCGAAUCGGUGAUCUGGGGUGAACUAGAUAUUAUUCUGCUUCCCCGUAUCCUCCGUCAUUCUUCUUUUUAUGCAUCUACUCUCGGUAAUCCGAUUGGAUUGACGGCUUCGGGAUUUCUUUAGAAGGUCGGGUCAGCGAGGGCAUUCUAACUAUCCGGAAUACUUCUGUACAUAGCUUGUUAUACUGGCGUCAUCAUCAUGAUGUUUAUCUUGGUCUUUGCGACAUUUCUUCCUCCGCCUAUCUAACAGCCGAUACACCGGAGGAUCCGAAGAUCCCUGUC